AUGUCUUCAUUGUUCGCCUCGCUUCCUCCUCCAAAACAUUCCAACCACGCGUUGAUGUUGGACAAGGAACAAAAUGGUGAUGAAGAAAUUUCCAUCAUGAUGAAGAAAUCAACAUUGAAUCAUAACUCUCGUGUAAAAUUAAAUCAACAAUCAGCAAUCCCGAAAUAUGGAGAACGAGAAUAUUCGGAUUGGAUACCAUCCACUGAAGCAGAUUUUGAUGAUGGAGGAGCCUAUCCGGAAAUUCAUGUUUCUCAAUUUCCAUUGAAUAUGGGUCGUAAAUCAGAGUAUCGGAAUGCUUCUGGAAAUGUCCUUUCUGUGCAAGUUGACGCGAACGGUAAUGUGAAUUUUGAUAAGAUUGUUACUCAAGGAAUGAGAAAGGGUGCCCUAGCUUUCACCAAAUUCUCGGACAUGAUCGAAGCAGAUGUUGAUGACGAUGAGUUGGCAAAACCAUCAUCCGAUCAAUCAGCUACUAAUUUAUUAGAAACAAAAAAAGCGAUCGAGCAAAAAUUGAAUAUUAAAAUAAGCUCGGCCCACAUCGGAGAAGGUAUUAGCCGAUCCGUUGCGGCUGCUAGCGAGAACAAAAUUGAGAAGAGACAAUUCUUUAGAUACAAGCCAAGAGGAGGUACUGAUGCGGAUAUUAAAUUCAUCCAAAUUGAAGAAGCACCCACUGAUCCUGUGGAGCCUGCCAAAUUUCACAUCAAAAAGAUGCCCAACGGGCCUCCAUCACCUCCUGCUACAGUCAUGCAUUCUGAAGCAAAAAAGUUAACAAAAGUUGAUCAAGCCAAUUGGGAUAUUCCUCCAUGUGUGUCAAAUUACACAAACAGAAAGGGUAUUAUCAUUCCACUGGAUAAGAGAAUUCUAGCAGAUGGAAGAAACUUGCAACAGAUAACAAUUAAUUCUAAGUUUGCGGAUUUUACAGGUUCUCUCAAUUUGGCUGAACAUAAUGCAAGACUGGAAAUUAAAGAGAGGGCUGAAAUGCAACGAAAAAUCGCAGAAAUGGAACAAGAACGGGAGUUACAACAAACUAGAGAAUUGGCAAAUCGUGCCAAGCAAUUGCACAAAGACUUGAAGUCAAAAGAGGAACGAGCUAGGUCCAGAACUGUUGAUAGAAGAGCUACCUCUUCAGAAGGAAGAGAGGUUUCAGAGAGAGUGAACUUUAAUCAACCUCAAAAAACUGCCUAUAGUGCUGGCGAAGUUCAAAUCGAUAGUAGAGUACUCAAUCGGUCAUCUUCAGCCAUGACAGACACAUCAAAAUUCGACGACGAAGACUACAACGUGUAUGAUACAGCUUUAUUUGGUGAAACUAAUACUGGAAAAUUAUAUAAUCCUAACAAGGAAAGAAUACGAAUGUUCCAAGAGUUGGACGAGAGUGUAAAUAUGAAAGACAAGUUUGAAACUGAUGAAGAACCAUCCUCCAGAAACGCAUCAAGAAGACAACCAGGUCCCGUUGUUUUCCAAAAAGAAGUUUCAGCCUCCAGUAGCAACACAAGAAAUACCGAAGCAGCAUCUAGUGAGCCCUCUAAGGAAGAUGAUGAUCCAUUCGGCUUCUCCAAGUUUUUAACAGAUACAAAGAAACGAAAAACGUUCGACCAUAUUGGCCAGAAAGGAUUCAUGUCGGCAACUGCUGGAAGUAGCUCUAUCAACCCAGAAGACUAUCGUGGUAGCAAAAAGAAAAAGAUGGAGUUCACUAAAAGCAAGGAGUAA